CAAUGUGUGAGUGACAGGCAGACCGUCAAGACCGUUGCAGUGCGGCUCAGAGCUUAUGUGUGUGUGUGAACCCUGGAUUUACUGAAUGUGUGUGUGUGUUGUGUGCAGAUACCCUCAGUAUCACUCAGGCAGACGGAGCAAUCCUGUGUGUCUCAGGGAGAAUGUAAAGUGAAUUGAAGGAUUAGAAGAGUGUGUUGUGUUGUGUGUGUGUGUGUGUGUGUGUGUGUGUGUGUGGCACUGGUCUGGAAUACUAAGUGGAUAUGUAAUCAAAUCUGGAUCGAGCUGCAAUGCCUACGGAAGAUUAUCCAUUCUCCACUGAUGUUUUACCGCCACUCCCGGAGGUCCCUGUUGGAGGGCCGGUCCUGAGCCAGGCGGGAGGUCCCAUCAGAAACUCUGCCCCGAGACAUUGCUCCUCACGCAGCAUGGACUCCACGCACUGCAACGACCGGCCGGUGAGCUACGGCUCCACGUCUUCGUCCGCCUCCUCCCGGGACAGUCACUGCUCGCUGGGGGGGCGGCCCGUAUUAGGCUCCACCCCUGAGCGGGAUCAUGAUUCUGGAGCCAUCCGAUUGGAGCUGGUGCCAGCCCGACAGCUGGAGGAGGAGGAGUCAGGAAGACAGACACCUACACCCACCAAUCAGGGGGACGCGGAGAUUCAGUCACCAGAAGGACGUAAAGUCCAGUAUGUGGACCGAGUGGUGGAGGAAAUUCUUGAAACGGAAAAAACCUACGUCCAGGACCUUCGCAGUAUAGUCCAGGAUUACCUGGACUGCAUCAGCAACCAGUCUCUUCUGCUGCUGGGAGAUGAAGAGAGGAACUCUUUAUUUGGAAACAUCCGUGACAUCUACCGUUUUAACAGUGAUCUGCUUCAUGACCUGGAGAAGUGUAACGCCAACCCAGUUGCCAUUGCAAAGUGUUUCGUAGCCAAGAGUGAAGACUUCCACAUAUACACACAGUACUGCACAAAUUAUCCAAGGUCCGUUGCUGUCUUGACAGAGUGCAUGCGGAACAAAACGGUGGCAAAGUUUCUGCGAGAGCGCCAGGAGAGUCUUAAACACUCCCUUCCUCUCGGCUCCUACCUGCUUAAACCUGUCCAGAGGAUCCUAAAGUACCAUCUACUACUGCAUGAGAUCGCCACUCAUCUGGAGAAGGAUUCAGAGAUGUACGACGUGAUCCAGGAGGCAAUCGACACCAUGCAGAGGGUGGCCUGGCACAUCAAUGACAUGAAGAGAAAACACGAGCACGCAGUGAGGCUGCAGGAGAUUCAGAGUUUGUUGACUAACUGGAAGGGACCUGAUCUGAUUGGCUAUGGCGAGCUGGUUCUCGAGGGAACAUUCCGCAUCCAGAGAGCGAAAAAUGAGAGAACGCUCUUCCUGUUCGACAAACUUUUGCUGAUCACCAAGAAGCGCGAGGAGACUUACACCUACAAGGCCCACAUCCUGUGCUGUAACCUAAUGUUGGUAGAAGUCAUUCCUAAAGAACCGCUAAGCUUCAGUGUGUUCCACUACAAGAACCCCAAACUUCAACACACUGUGCAGGCAAAGUCUCAACAGGACAAGAGAACGUGGGUCCUGCAUCUAAAACGACUGAUCCUUGAAAACCAUCCUGCCAAAAUACCGGCCAAGGCUAAGCAGGCCAUUCUGGAUAUGGAUACCGCAAACCACCCAAGUUUCAACUACAACUCUGAUGACAAGAGAGUGAACACAAAAGAGGGUCCCUCGCCCCGGAGAGUACGCAGGAAGACAGAGCCCUUAUCUAAGUUAUUGAAAAACUCCAAACAUAUAAUAUCUAGUCCAGAUAUACAGAAGAGUUCUAGUUUUGGAGUCAGUCUGCUGUCACCUGUGGCCACUUUGGGCUCUAUUGGCCGAUCCCGUAGCCUUGUCAGCGAAUCACAAGAAUCUCUGGACCCUGGUGACCACAGUGAUGUAGACGAAGAGCCACAUCCACAGGAUGCUGAUGAUGAGGAUGAUACUGGUUUGAGCUCUGGGGGAAAGUUGAGAGUGCCAGGGAAGGGUAGCCGGAAAAGACUAAACCAGCAAGUGUCGGUGGACAGCAUUGACCAGUGGAGAAACCACAACCUUACUCAUGCAGACCUCCAGACUGCUAAAGAGUCCCUACAAAAUAAGGUUAUCACCCCCCCUAUCCUACGGGUGACCGCACCUCCUGAAUCAGACGGAAAUGAAUACAACACACGCAACAUGCUGGCAACUGGAGAGCAGCCUUCUUUCCGCAACAUAUGGACAGAUCAUCGAGUCCGGAGGGCUAUGUUUCCAACUCGUCAAAAGAGUUUUCAAAUUGACGAUGAUGAAGACAUCUAUCAGAUGUUCCUGCCAACGGAGAAUGAUACAAGCAGUCAUGAUGUUGAGAGCGACCAUGAGGCUGCUGACCAUCCAGAAAGACCCUGUAGCUGGCAUGUUGAACAGACUAAAGCAUCACGCCUAGACCUUCCUACAAGCAGGAGCAGAACAACACUUCGCAGGGCCAGCAGUGUUGGAGAAAACCAAAGUGAGCAACUAAGUCCUAACAAGCGAGCCCUACAAGAGGAAGAGACCAACAACCAGACUGAGUCUUCAAGCAAUGAAAUCUCAGGGUCAUCAUCUGCCGAGCAGUUAACGAUUGAUGAUAUCGAGAAUGUUUAUGACAACAUUAGUUACGAGGAGCUUCAGGCCAUGGGGCUUAUCCGCAAGGAUCAAGCUAUCCAUGCACUCUCUGAGGUAGCAGAGGUCAAAUCUAGGAUAGCUCCUCAAGUUAUCAUAACUCCAACUGAAACUGAGAGUUCAUGUGAGACCAAUAGGUCUUCUGGCCAAGAAGGGGAGCCAUUUGAGACAUGUGAGCUGCAAAUUGUUGAGGAUGAAGAGAAUGUCUACGACACCAUUGUCUUUCAGGAGCCCCCAGUCCUUGCAGCUGAGAUGGAUGAUGGAAAGCCAGACAGUUUGCAGACAUCUGAGGUAGAUCUCAUGACUAGCCAGAUUUUAACAGGGUUUGUAUCUGAGGAAAGAAUCUGUCCUACCAACACAACAGAGGCAGAUCAGCCCCACAUUCCCUCUGCUGCAAUUUCAGACACUGAAACAUCUCAGCUUUCCACAGCUGAUCAUACAUUGGAGAAAGUGGAUGAGAUCUGGACGGAUUUGGAAAACUACAUCCGGAACAAUGAAAAGAAACCAGACAGACUUCCAGCUGCAUUUCCUGUAAGCAGAACAGACAACACAUGUAAAACACAGGACUCUCCCAAAAAAGCACGUAAUUCCUCACACAAAGCAAAAGACUCUCCAAGAAAAACACAUAACUCCCCAAGUAAAGUGACCAGGUUGCAACAGAGAAGUAAUGAUCCCCAAUGCAAAGCACAAGAAUCUCCAAAUAAGAAAGCUAAUUCUGCACAAAAGUCAAGUGAUUCUUCAAGUAAAUUACCCUUAAAAACAAUCCCUGUUGUUUGUGCUGCACCCGGAUCACCCAACCCACCAGCCUCUAAUCCCCCUCCAUGUCUAUCUAUGUCUAUACCUAUCCUCAACACUCCAGACCUCCUCCCAGAAACUGUGUUGGGUGAGAAUGAUGGAGCAUUAUCUUCUCCUGUAGCCCCUUCCCUUCCUCUGCCCCCGCCCCCUACCCCUGAGCCUCAACCUGGCACAGUGAAGAGCAUUCGCAAUAAACUUGCCAGAUUAAGCAGCGGAAGCUUCCGGAUAGACGAUGAGGACAUCCCUUCAUCGAAGGACUCAGGACUUCAUGCCAUGUUUAGUAGCAUGGACUCUGGCUCCUCUAGUCUGCUGCUGGGUGGGGAAGCUGGGGACCAGGUUCUUGAGCUUGGGGAUAGGGGCAAAAACAGAGUGUUCCUCAUGGCUAGACAGUACAGUCAGAAGAUCAAAAAGGCCAACCAGUUACUGAAGAUGAAGAGCAUGGACCAUGAACCCAGUUGCGCUAAGCUAAGGCUAAGCAAACAGAAGGACCUGGCAGCUAUACUGGAGGAGAAGAAGCAAGGCGGCACUGCAAUCGGUGCAAGAAUAGCAGAGUACUCUCAUUUGUAUGAACAUGUGGUUUUUAAGGGUUCUCCAGCCACUACUCCAGUGCUGAAGUCAUCGAUCAGUAUUGCCGGCCAUCAUCCACUUUUCCCCAGCACCACUUCCUCUCCUUCCUUAUCUACGCGCUCUACACAAGAGUCUGACUGGCUGAACUGUACGUACAGUAAUGGGGAACUUGCUGAUUUUGUGUCCUGGCCAGCACAAACAGCAGUAUGCACUUCAACCCCACAGAGAGGAAUGACCCCUGCAAUUUCUACCCCUGCUUUGAAGAACCUCCCGCCUACUCCUAGUACUCCACCCAAUCAGCGUUGGAGUGCUUGUGUGACACCAAGUAAAGAUGACUCCGAUCACAUUUACACUUCAAUUGGACCACGAAACACCAAGGUGUCGUCCUAUAAUCGCUGCCAGUCCUCAUCUUCAUUGAUAGACCAGACUGGAAAAGAAAAUGGCAGGGGGCUAUGCAAUGAGGUGUGGGAAGUGAACGGAAAAGAAUCAAGGACGCAGAUGCCUCGACAGCACAGCCUCCCAGAAUGCCCAGUCCAGGAAACUUCAGACCUCUCAGUGUCAUGUGAUAUCACACUGCGGGACUCACAGCAAAUACUUGUGCUGAACAGAAAUGUGCCACUGAAUGCGCAAAGUGCCACGGAGAAUUACCUGGCCAACUUUAAAGACACUGGAGAUGAUGAUGACGAUUAUGUAGAGAUCCGUUCAGAAGACGAGGAUGAAGAACAGAAGCAAAAAAUAGCUCAAGGCACCCUCGUAAAUGAACAGCAGGUUUCCACUAACCCUGACAUGACUCUGCAGGGAUACUUGUGGGAUGAUCCAGAUUGCAGCCAGCAAGGUGUAAAUCAGCCAACUAUUGUCCAGUCACUGAGGGAAAAGAUCCAGUGUCUCAGCUCAAGCAGUUUUGCAUAGGAAGCAGUAAUGAUGGACUACAUGUUACAUGCUUAGCACAUACAAGGAGGAAAUGAGACACAACAAGCUUAAAACAUCUACAUGGAACAUGAUACACAACUUAAAGACACAACACAAA